CGCGCCGGCUACGGCGAGCGGCGAGGAGAAACGCGAUUUCGCAUUGAGCAGCAACAACAACAACAACAGCAGCAGCAGCAGCCAUCGGCUGUUGAUUUUCGGCGCCGCCGUCGCCGUCGCUUCCACGGCCGCUCGAGUCACCGCCGCGGCCGUUCCCACUGCCGCCGUGAAGCGGGUUCCCGGCAGAAAUCAGAAAUCAGAAACGGUUUUAAUCGCCAUGGCGUGGGAGCAAAGCGGCCUCGCAAUGUUGGUGGCGCCGGCUGCCGAGCGCAACAAGGAGCCGAUACUCGAGGUGCUGCGGCAGUGGGUGCCGGCAGACCGGGCCGGGUUUGCGCUGGAGGUGGCCUCGGGCUCCGGGCAGCAUGUGGUGCACCUCGCCCGGGCCUUCCCGCACCUCACGUGGCAGCCCAGCGAGCUGGAGGCGGCCUCCUUCCAAAGCAUCUCGGCGUACGCGAGGGCAACGCAGGUACAGAACGUGCUGCCCCCUAUACAGGUGGACGUGCGGGAGCCGUGCGAGACCUGGCCCGGCCGCUGGCCCUCGUCCUCCUGCGACCUUCUCCUCAACGUCAACAUGAUCCACAUCAGCGAGAUGCGCUGCACAGAGGGUCUGUUCAGAAAUGCUGGUGUUCUGCUCAAACCCAGUGGCUUCUUGGUGACGUAUGGGCCUUACGCAGUGAACGGGAUCAUCUUCCCGCAAAGCAACGUGGAUUUUGACGCCGACUUGCGCGAGAGGAACCCGGAGUGGGGACUGCGGGAUGUCAGCAUGCUCCAGCAGCUGGCGCUCACCAAUGGCAUGCGUCUCCAGAGGAUGGUGGAAAUGCCAGCCAACAACAAGUGCCUGGUCUUCCAGAAGACAGGGUAGAGAUGGCAGUUGGAUGACAAGCUAAUUCAGGAGUCCCUCAUUUGUGUUUUGCUAAUCAUUUUUUUGCAAACAAGCACAGCUUUAGAUAAAAUGUAAUUUUAUCUCGUUUUCGAUCGGUGUCGUGAGCCUUAAAUAUUCCAAUCACUCGCAAAGCAGUGCAACCUUUCGUUUUCAUGUUGAAUGGCCCACGGAAUUGGAUACCACAGAGCUACUUCUGACACCCCUUGCAUUGACCUCUGGUCCAAAGAGGCAAGGGCAGCAGCACUGUUCAACCCCGCUCUGCGGCCAGUAUUAUUGUUUACAUGACGGAGACAUCGAUAAUUAAUUAUUAAUGUGGACCCGCAUGUUGUGUUUUUGUGCAGCCAUUGGUGACCCGGGCAACGUUUAAAAUAAAAAUGAAAUGGAC